GUCUGCAGGAGGCGGCAGAGCCGGCGUGUGGGUCCCCAGCACCUCGGCAGAUGUUGGGCUGCGCUCCCCAGAGUGGGAUUUGGUGCAGUGACAGCAAAGGCAGUGAGCGCAGCGCGUCCUCCCGCUCGGCUCCCGGCUCUGGGCCUGGGCCUGAUCUUGGGCUGCGAGAAAGCUGCAGAGGGGCUGUUCCUAAAGGCCUGUGGGGCCGGGACGAGGGGGAACGGGCACAGACUGGAGAGGGGCAGAUUGAGGCUGAUAGAAGGAAGAAUUUCUUCCCCGUGAGGGUGCUGAGGCCCUGGCCCAGGUUGCCCAGGGAAGGUGUGGCUGCCCCAUCCCUGGAGGGGUUCCAGGCCAGGUUGGAUGGGCCUUGGGCAGCCUGAGCCAGUGGGAGGUGUCCCUGCCCAUGGCAGAGGGUUGGAACGAGAUGAUCUUUAAUGUCCCUUCCAACCCAAACUAUUCUAUGACUCUACGGAUACCUCAGCUCUGGGGGCUCCGUCUGUCAGGUUGUGCUCGGCUCCAGUGUAGGGUUGGUUCACAGCCGUGAGCCAUCACAAGGCAUGGAAACGUCCCCCUUUCUGCUCAGGUGCAGGUGAAGCAGCUGAGACUGGGGGGGAGCAAAAGCAGCUGCGAGUCCCAGUGCUCCCAGGCCCAUGGGAACAGCGCUGAGCCAGUGGGGCUUCCAAAAUUCCCACUUAUUUCUUUGGCUUCCUGGUUAGAACGGGUUUUUAGAUACGUCUGGAGGUUGGAGGAGCACCAAGAGGUGCCCACCCUGAUGCUCUCCAAGUGCCUCUGGGAUGCAGAAGGAGCAGCUUUCCCAGUAGGACUCCUGUGGCCCAGCUGGUGGAACAGGACCUUUCUGGCGAGCGCCUGCUGCCACCGGCUGGUAAUCGCUCUCCACUGCCUUUGUACAGACCUGCCCAGUUUGUGUUCCCGCUCACACCAUCGUUUAUGCAGCAGCUGUUUUGUUCCCAUUCACAGCCUUUUUUCAGCCCAGUUUCCAGAGUGAACCACACAGGAUUCGUACCUGAGAGCAAAGGGAGAGGCAGAACAUGGAGAGAAGGACCUCUCUAAUAGGAAUUAAGACUUUGCAUCUUUUUCUACUGAAAUAUUUUUAACCUGUUUCUGCCUUUCCAUGUCCUUUUUCCAUUGGUGCUUUCCGGGGUUGUUCCAGCCCUGGCACCAUCUUCUCUACCGGCACAGUGGUUGCGGGCUGAGCUCUUUGUAGACUUCAACGCUUUCCAUUAUGAGCUGCCCCUUCCUCGCCAGCCACCUGACGCUGGCCAUCCCCAUCAUUGCAGCCCUCCUCUUCUUCGUCAUCAGCUGCCUGCUCCAGACCAGCUUCAGAGACCCCGGGAUCUUGCUCCGGGACCUGGAAAAGUGGAUCGGCAGCAUGGGGACCUCUACUUACCGCCCGCCAGCCCGCACGAUGGAAGUGGUCAUCAACAAGUAUGUGGUGAAACUGAAGUACUGCUACACGUGCAAAAUGUUCCGUUCUCUGCGCCCCUCACACUGCAGCGUCUGCGACAACUGUGUGGCCUUCAAGCGCCACAGAUCAGAUGGGGAGGAUGAAGCCUCAGCCGUAUGGAGGAACCAAUGCCCCCCCACAAGAGCAGGGAGCUCAGGCGGGGCCACAGCAAGGACACGGCUCUCCAGGACAGCCCGACGGGUCACAGACUGCUCAGCAGCAGCAGUCUGCCUCCUCCCAGCAGCGCUUCCUCUCUCCUCAGGAUCUAAUUUGGUUACGGAGAAUACUGAGAAAGAAGAUGGUGAACUCCGCAUUGAGGCAGGCAGAAGGGACGUCUGGCGUCUUGAUCAGGAGAAGACGGGUUCUUGUUCUUCCAAGCCGGGCUGGCAUGAGAAUGCGGGCAUCAGAGGACCCUCCCCAUCCCCAGUCGGGUCUCCUGCCAGCGCUGCUCAGUCCCGUUCGGGUCUGCUUUCACCUGCUGCAGUACCAGGAGGCUCUCCUGGGCAGCCAAACUGCAGCGCCAACUGUCACCGUCCGGGAACAAGAGGAAGCAUGAACCCAACGAGAGUGGAAGAAGCGGCCGACGCUGCCAUGCACACAGCUGCCAAGUCCGUCCAGAGCAGGAGGGUCUCCUGGGCAGCCAAACAGCAAUGAGAUGUCCAAUGCCAACUAUCCGAGUCCGGGAACAGGAGGAAGCCUGAGCCGAAGGAGAGCACAAGAAGCGGCUGCCACUACCAUGCACGCAGCUGCCAACUCCAUCCAGACCAGGCCUGCUGGUUAUCCCAACAUGAACCAAGGAGGAAUGAUGGGCACUGGAGCUCCUUCUGGCCAGGGAAUUAACAGUCUGGCCCGCAUGAUGAACCCCCAGGGCCCGCCCUGUGCGAUGGGUGGGAAGGUGUCUAACAACUCCGCGGGGAUGGCGGCAAGCCCUGAAAUGAUAGGCCUUGGGGAGCAUCGAAUUACCAUCUACAUCUAAAAUGGACAAUGAGGCAGAUGGGACACCAAAAGCAGAAUCCAAGUCAAAGAAUUACAAGCGGCCGAUGAAUGGUGACUUCGGCCCACCCGCCAAGCGGCAGGAAGGAGAUGUGCAACGUCCCAUAUAGCGCCGGGCAGGAGCAGACGCUGCAGCAGCUGCCUCCAGCGCAGAGCCAGCAGCUGAGCCGGCAGCCAACGGCGCAGCCAUCUCCACAGCAGGACCUGUAUAACCCGUA